UUACCCACUGGUGGAUAUUUCUUAUUCUUAAUACCCAUCGUUAUUAUCUUGCGUUGCACGCAAGUCCCGGAGAAAACGACUCAACAACCAGUCAAACCAACACAAAACCAAGAUGAAGACCUCAACAGUCCUGGCUAUCGCCCUCAGCGCCGCCUCGUCGGCCAGGGCUGAGCCCACUUUGGCCCAGCGUGACCUCGCCGCCGUCAGCUCCGUCAUCUCGCAGGUCUCCGACGCGGUGACCAAGCUCGACUCGUCCGUCAAGGCUUUCGACGGCGCCGACUCCGAGAAGCUUCAGAGCAGCGCUAAGGCGCUUCUCGAGGCCGUGACGUCGGGUGCCUCCCUCCUCAGCGAGGCCGACCUCUCGAUUAUUGACGCUCUCGGCCUCGAGGAGGUUAUCAGCCCCCUCGGCCCCGCUACUCAGACCCUCUUCAAGGACAUCUCCUCCAAGAAGAAGCAGAUUGAGUCCGCAAACCUCUGCACUCUCCUUGGCUCCUCCGUCACCGAAAUUAGCAAGGCCACCAAAUCUCUUGUCGAGGGCAUCGCCAGCAGGGUUCCCGACGAGUUCCGCGACACCGCCAAGAAGCUCUCUGAGUCUCUCCUCGAGCACCUGACCAAGCUCACCCAAAAAUUAGCCCCCGAGCAGUGCCAGGACAAGGGCAAGUCUACUGAGGAUAAGGAAAAGGAAAAGACCCCUUCCUACCCCGUAGAGAGCACUCCCGCCCACACGACCACGACCAGCGAGCACAAGACCACGACCAAAGAGCACAAGACCACAAGCACAAGCACGGAACACACGACCACGACCACCGCCCACGAAGUUGAGGAGACCGCCUCGUGCCCCGAGGAGGCCAAGGAGACGACGACGACGACGUGCCAGCCGGCCAUCACGGUGAUCCACACCGUGACGGAGGUCAAGCAGGAGACCAAGACGGAAGUCAAGACGGAGACGAAGACCGAGACCAAGACUGAGACCAAGACCGAGACGCUGCAGUGCGACGGCACGACACACCCGCCGGAGGUUGUCACGACGCCGGAGCCGACGCCCGUCAUCACCACCUCCAGCAGCAUCGUGACCUCCAGCUUCGUCACGCCCAACACGACGACGGCGACGACGACGACGGGCACCGGCGGCCUGACGCCCACGCCCUCGCUGCCCUUCGUCACCGCCGCCGCCAUGACGCACGGCGUGCCCGCCGGCUCCGUCGGCUUCCUGGCUGCGCUCGCCGCCCUCCUGUUCGUAUAAGGGGGGCGCGAGCCGCGGCACGAUGCUCUCUC